AUGUCACUUAAGGUUAAUCUUUCAUUCAAUGGAGGCAUGGAACUUUUAUUCAAUAAUCUAAAACAGAAAACUGUCGAAAUACCAGCUUCGAUGAAUAACUCGAACCCGACUACGAUGAAAGAUUUGAUCCGAUGGAUACGCGACAAUUUGUUACAAGAACGUCCAGAAUUGUUUGUUAGUGGCGAAACAGUACGCCCAGGAAUCCUAGUCCUAAUAAAUGACGCAGAUUGGGAGCUGGAGGGUGAAUUAAAUUAUGAAGUUAAAGAAGCUGAUGAUAUAGUAUUUAUUUCGACACUUCAUGGAGGAUAG